GACAAUGACAUGUUAGUACCAAAUAAAUAUCACGCGCCUAAAUAUGUAUUGGUAGAGCAUCUCUUCUUGAUGCCGAACUACGGCUUCCCAUGUGGGACGCCCGUUUGAAAGUGUCAAAUACUGCUUCGCUGUUUCAACCGGCUACGUGACACUAGCCUAGAUAACACCUAGCGAGAAAAGGGAGCAAAGGGCGCGCCUUUGGACACGCAAGAUAAUACAUGCUGGUAUGCUGCUGGCUUCGAUGCUGGCCAACUUUGACGUCGAUGGAGAUGCUGUGCUUCAACCCGCAGUGUAACACCAAGUAUGGGUGCAUUUACUUAAGAUGGCGCAAUUACCUCAGCUCAUGUUCCCCUCAAUUUGUUUUGCUUCGUUCUACUGACGUAGCAUCUUAAUAAUCUACAGCUACUUACUACACUCGGCAUAUAAUUAAUUGUCAGGCUUCGGCAAGUCAUCACGGGACAGAAUCAGAAUCGCCAUGGCUUCCUUGCCGUUUUCCAUACUCAUCUUCGGCGGCACGGGUGCCAUCGGCAAGCACAUCACCAGCGCCAUCCUGUCGGCAAAAGCUUCCUCUGGACACAGCAUAUCCAUCUUCACAUCGGAGAGCACCGCUUCCAACCCCGACAAGCAGCCACUGUUAUCUACAUGGAAGUCGCAGGGUUUGCGCAUCAUCACGGGGGACAUCAGCGAUGCCGACGAUGUGACGCGCGCAUAUGAGGGUGUAGACGUGGUGGUGUCUUGUCUUGGGCGCAACUCGUUACUCGCCCAGACCGACCUCAUCAAGCUCGCGGAGAACAGCGCGACUGUGCAGUGGUUUUUCCCCAGCGAGUACGGCACGGAUAUCGAGUACGACGCCUCCAGCAAGGACGAGAAGCCUCACCAGAACAAGCUCAAGGUGCGCGAGUUCAUCCGGAAUGAGAUACACAGGGUGCAGUGCACGUAUCUGGUGACGGGUCCUUAUAUCGACAUGUAUCUAAGCCUCGUGCCAGGCGUCGAGGCCAUCGGUGGGUACGACGUGGGAUCCAGGAAAGCCGUCGUUGUGAACAGUGGCGACGACGCUGUCGGAUUCACAAGCAUGCCCGACGUCGGAAAACUAGUGGUAGCAGCACUGCGCAACCCAUCCGAGGCAAAAGGCAAGGCUCUGAAGGUGCAGUCAUUCGUGACGACGCCCAUGGAGAUCGUGCGGGAAUUCGAGAAACAGACAGGCGUGGAGUGGACUACAAGCUACACGCCAAUUCAGGAAGUACGCGAUCUGGAGAAGCAGCUGUGGGAGAAGAGCAGCCCGUUAGCGGCGUUGGCGACACUGAGGCGCAUUUGGGCCGAGGGACGCACUCUGUACGAGCAGACUGACAAUAAGAAGCUAGGACUUGGGCCUGGGGAUAUGGAGACACUGAGCGACGUCGUUGGCAGGGCGGUCGGUGCAGCGUCGAAACUAUAAGAAAUAAGUUGAAUAUAAGUUGAAUAUCAUAUUGAAUAUCAUAUUGAAGUACGGAUGAUACUUGUGGCUGGCAUCACCUCGAGAAGCUGAAGUUGGCUAAUAUGGUUACCUAGGUAUACCUUGGCAGGUAUACAGACAGCAUACCUACCUAUCUAGGUAUCUAUCAAUUGACGAGUUUGAAUUAACUACAUGAAAGUGAGAUAUUAAGAAUCAUGCAUCUCUGCCCCCUGACGGGAGUUGUG